CACUAGGAUGUGAACAGAGUUGCAGCAAAACACAGCACUCCAGUCUCUGCAGUAACUGAGUUGUUACGCUGUUAAGUAUCAAAUUUAUGGGUUGCAGGGGACAAAAUUACGUGUCUGGCCACCUACUUUUUUUCAAGAUUUCCUUGUCCAUUGGGUUAGGGUUUAGAUUCUCGUCCCAAAUUGUUCCAUUCAGAAAUACCAUGUACUAGAGAGUAUCUGUCCUGCCACUCCAGGCCUGUCUGUGGAAUGUCUCUUCUUCCCUUAGACUGAAUUCUUGUCUGAAGUCCAGCAAUGGCCAGGGAUUUCAGCUGCUGGCACUUUAUUAUCUAAGUUUGUUAUUGCACCUCUUUUACCUGAUACCUCUGCCCUUCAUGUCCAGUGGCUAGGCAUGUCCCAGUGUUCAAAGAGAGAGUUGUGAAUGGGGCAAACACACAAACCUCUUCUGCAGAGAAUUUAAAGAACCUCUCUUGGAUUUGGUAAUCAUGUUAAUCCCACAACAGGGAGGCAUUCUGCACAUUCCUGCAGUGCAACUGCAGUCAAGCCCAGAGUUUUCUGCAGGGGAAACAGUUCUGUCAGUUGUUAACCAAGGGAAGCAAGCAGGCUUCUAAGCAGAAAGAGCACAGUGGGUACUCAAACCGUGAACCACACCUGUAGGGCCUGACAGUUAAUGCAUCGAUUUCAAAAUCUACCAGAGUUGUGGCUGUAUGGAUCUGAACUUCCCCUUAGGUAAAAUGUUUUCUACUGCAUCAAAAAGUCUUAGUUCAGCCUUCUUGAGCCCCACUGAGCUGCUGUUGCAGCAGGAUGAGUGGAAGUCCCUCAAGAAGGAUCUGUGAGAGCAAGCGAAGGCAGGAUGAACCAUUCAGGCCUUCCUUAGGGCGGGGGGAGGUGUGUGCCAUCUUAAAGCAUUAUCAGCAGGGACACAGGUGUAUGCAGUUUGCUUUGCAAUGGAGUUAAGAGCACUGCUUCUCCUCUUCUAUUCUAUCAACUCUGGGAUCUAUCUUGUCAUCCCAGCACACAUGGGCAUUUCACUUAGCAGUGCCUGCAGCCGUUCUGGUCACGCAGCUGACCAUUCCUUGUGCACAGACACAGAUCUGACCUUGUGCUUCAAUGUACAGUGCAGACAAUGAGGCACCUUCACGGAGCUCUGUCCACAGGAACAGAACAAAAGUGUCACCCUUAAGCCAACAGUAACACUUCAAGCACAGAGAACGCUUCAGUCUUUGAGGCAGUUUCUCAGCCUGCUUGUUUUGAGGAGCAACUACUCCUGUGGACAUCUGAAUCACCACCACAUACUUUCUAAAAAAUUGUGUUAACAGGAGCUAUGAGCUUUCAGUAAGGACAGGGACAGGCUUACCGUAAUGAUUUCUGUGUUGAAAGUGGAGUGACGGUGGGGAAUUCCCAGCCAGUGGGUAUCCUUUCCAAUUUCCUCUUUUGAGGGGUUUGAAUUGCUUAUAAAUACUCUCUCAGAGCACACAAGACAAGCUCCAUCUCCUUUGGCUUUGCCUUUCUGCAGUGCUCUGUGCCAGGCUUGGGCCAGGAACCAUGAGGCUGUGUGUCUGCUUUGUGUUGCUCUCCUUUAUUGUGUGUGCAAGUGCUGACCUGUCACGAAUACGCGAAGGUGGACGAUUUGUCUGGGAUGCCCUGGGAGGGGCACGGGAUAUGUACAGAGCAUACCAGGACAUGCGUGAGGCAAAUUAUAAAGGGGCCGACAAGUAUUUCCACGCUCGUGGGAAUUAUGAUGCUGCCCAAAGAGGACCUGGUGGUGCUUGGGCAGCCAGAGUGAUCAGUAACGCCCGGGAAAAAUGGCAAAGCGACGUGAGCGGCCGAGGGGCCGAAGACACCCGCGCUGACCAGGAGGCGAACGUGUGGGGCAGGAACGGCGGGGACCCCAACCGCUACAGACCUGCGGGCCUUCCCAGCAAAUACUAACGCUGCCUCACAGGAGGCCAUCUCUGCUCCCCUCUUACAACUGUUCUGUGAAGCUGAAUAAAGAAAUUCUCCUAAAAA